AUGGUCAGCUCCUGUUGUGGUUCCGUUUGCUCUGACCAGGGCUGUGGCCUGGAGACCUGCUGCCGCCCCAGCUGCUGCCAGACCACCUGCUGCAGGACCACCUGCUGCCGCCCCAGCUGCUGUGUGUCCAGCUGCUGCAGGCCCCAGUGCUGCCAAUCUGUAUGCUGCCAGCCCACCUGCUGCCGCCCCAGCUGCUGCAUCUCCAGCUGCUGCCGCCCCAGCUGCUGUGUGUCCAGCUGCUGCAGGUGAUGCUGCUAGACCACCUGCUGCAGGACCACUUGCUGCCGUCCCAGCUGCUGUGUGUCCAGCUGCUGCAGGCCCCAGUGCUGCCAGUCUGUGUGCUGCCAGCCCACCUGCUGCCGCCCCAGCUGCUGCAUCUCCAGCUGCUGCCAGCCCACCUGCUGCCGCCCCAGCUGCUGCAUCUCCAGCUGCUGCCGUCCCUCUUGCUGUGAAUCCAGCUGCUGCCGCCCCUGCUGCUGCCUGCGUCCAGUCUGUGGCCGAGUCUCCUGCCACACCACUUGCUACCGCCCAACCUGUGUCAUCUCCACCUGCCCCCGCCCCUUGUGCUGCGCCUCCUCAUGCUGCUGA